CACUACGCAAAUAUGUUCCUUAUUUUGGGGGCCAUCCUGGCCAGCGCCCUAUUCGUGGGCCUCCUGCUCUACCAGCUCAAGUUCAAACGUCUAAUUAACCUCAUCAGCUACAUGCCGGGUCCACCCGCCCUGCCACUGGUGGGUCAUGGGCACCACUUCAUCGGCAAGCCGCCGCACGAGAUGGUAAAGCGCAUCUUCGAGUUCAUGGAGGUGUACGGCUCCAAGGACCAGACCCUCAAGGUGUGGCUCGGCCCGGAGCUGAACGUGCUCAUGGGUAGUCCCAAGGACGUGGAGGUCGUUCUCGGAACGCUGCGCUUCAACGACAAGGCUGGCGAGUACAAGGCCCUAGAGCCGUGGCUCAAGGAGGGCCUCCUGGUCAGCCGCGGCCGCAAGUGGCACAAGCGGCGCAAGAUCAUCACGCCGGCGUUCCACUUCAAGAUCCUCGACCAGUUCGUCGACGUCUUCGAGAAGGGAUCGCGGGAUCUGCUGCGCAACCUGGAGCGGGAUCGCCUCAAGCAGGGCGAGACGGGCUUCAAUCUAUACGACUGGCUCAAUCUCUGCACCAUGGACACGAUUUGCGAAACCGCCAUGGGCGUUUCCAUCGACGCCCAGACGAACGCCGACUCCGAGUACGUGCAGGCCGUGAAGACCAUCUCUAUGGUGCUCCACAAGCGCAUGUUCAACAUCUUCUACCGCUUCGACCUCACCUACAUGCUCACGCCCCUGGCUCGGGCAGAGAAGAAGGCCCUAAACGUGCUCCACCAGUUCACCGAGAAGAUCAUCGUCCAGCGGCGCGAGGAGCUCAUCAAGGGCGGCGGCCAAGAGACUGCCGAGGCCGACGUAGAUGUGGGCGCCAAGCGCAAGAUGGCCUUCCUGGACAUCCUGCUUCAGUCGACCAUCGACGAGAAGCCCCUUACCAACCUGGACAUUCGAGAAGAGGUGGACACUUUUAUGUUUGAGGGCCACGACACCACCUCUUCGGCUCUGAUGUUCUUCUUCUACAACAUCGCCACGCAUCCAGAGGCUCAAAAGAAGUGCUUUGAUGAGAUCCGCUCCGUUGUGGGAGACGACAAGGCCACCCCAGUGACCUACGAGCUCCUCAACAAGCUCCACUACGUGGACCUCUGCGUCAAGGAGACUCUGCGUCUGUAUCCCUCGGUUCCGCUGCUGGGGCGCAAGGUCCUGGAGGACUGCGAGAUAAAUGGAAAGCUUAUCCCCGCUGGAACCAACAUCGGCAUCUCUCCGCUGUACAUCGGCAGGCGCGAAGACCUCUUUAGCGAGCCGAACGCCUUCAAGCCGGAGCGCUUCGAUGUGGUCACCAGUGCCGAGAAGCUGAAUCCCUACGCCUACAUUCCCUUCUCGGCCGGUCCGCGGAACUGCAUUGGCCAGAAGUUUGCCAUGCUGGAGAUCAAGGCCAUUGUGGCCAAUGUCCUGCGCCACUACGAUGUGUCCUUUGUGGGCGACACUUCGGAGCCCCCCGUCCUGAUUGCCGAACUCAUUCUGCGCACCAAAGAUCCGCUGAUGUUCAAGCUAAAGCAGAGAGCUUACUAAAGCUCUUUUUUAUUUUAUUAUUCUUGUAAAUAAACGAUAUAAUCAAAUCUGUGUUAAUAAAAUAAACUGAAAAUAGAAUUCUGA